AGUGCGCAUGUUCCCCGCUCAGGUGUCUCCGUGAAGGAGUGAGAGCAGCCCGAAGGUGAUAGAGAGUGUUUGCAUUUGUUGAUACAGGUUUUUUUUUUUUUCGUCAAGGUCGAGGCAAUGAGUGACAACGAAGAUAAGGACUACGCUGAGCGGGUUAAUGUUGGAAGAAGGAAAAAGAGGAAGAAGUCAAAUGACAAGUUUUUAUUAAGAAUAAUUUGAAGCUCAAAAAUAAAUGAAGCUGAAUUUGUGAAAAAAAGAGAAUGCAUGCUUAUUAUAAGAAAAAAAGAAGUUUCCACUUGUAGAAUAUUUGCAGUGUGAGAAAUGGGGAAGAUGAAAGAAGUCAGAAUUUGAAACAGAAGAAAGAAGAAAAGAAAUAGCAAUGAAGUUAAGAUCAGAAGUAAUCUGGGAUAAGAAAGCACUGCGCUAAGUAAUUUCUAGUCUGUUUGUGUCCCUGUAUAAUUUUUUUUUAUAAGAGUGCAUGCAUUAUCUAUGUAAUCAUAUACAGGGUUACUAAAGUCUUAAUAUGAAGGAAUAUUUAUUAAACCUCAAGGCUGCUUACCCAUUAAUAUAUGAAUGUUUAAAUGUUAAUAGUAUUUAGACUUGAUAUUUUUUAUCUGGGUUUUUAAGGAAAACUCAGGCUUGUUACAGGUUGAUCCAGAAAUAGGAGUUUAAUCAGGUGUUCAGAUAUCCAAAACGUGUAUUUUCCGUAACACAUUUUGUACUUCAGGAUUUUAUUGCAAAAUUUAAAUACUUUGGAAUCAGCCUGUAGCAGGUUAAGAUGUUAGAAUUUUUAUUUUAUUAAUUCACUUGUUUUUUGUUUUUGAUUCCCUAAUCAUUAUCUGAAAUUGACAAACUGGAAUGCUUACCUUUAGGCCUCUCGUUCUGCUUCCCGAAGUCGAAGUCCAGGUGGAUCAGGCAAAUCUGCAAGCAGGUCUCCUGCUCAGUCCCCAGGGCAUUCACGAUCCAAAGAGGGUUCCCGACACUCCAGGUCAAAGUCAAGGUCACGUUCUAGAUCCAAAUCAAGGUCACGUUCUCACCGUAGUUCUCGCCGACGUUACUCACGCUCACGUUCUAGGUCCCGAUCACAUCGGAGAAGAUCCAGGAGUAGGUCAUACAGUGGAGAAUACCGCCGCCGAAGGAGUCACAGCCAUUCUCCAAUGUCUAAUCGCAGACGUCACAUUGGAAACAGAGCAAAUCCAGAUCCUAACUGCUGUCUGGGGGUGUUUGGGUUGAGCCUUUAUACAACAGAAAGAGACUUGAGAGAAGUAUUUUCAAAAUACGGUCCACUCUCUGAUGUCAGUAUAGUUUAUGACCAGCAGUCUCGACGCUCAAGAGGAUUUGCAUUUGUUUAUUUUGAAAACAAGGAAGACUCUAAGGAAGCUAAAGAGCGUGCUAAUGGCAUGGAACUUGAUGGUCGUAGAAUCAGAGUUGAUUUCUCAAUAACCAAGAGGCCACACACUCCUACCCCUGGAAUUUACAUGGGGAGACCAACAUAUGGUGGAGGAUCGAGACGUUCAAGGGACUACUAUGACAGAAGUUAUGACAGAGGUUAUGACAGAUAUGAGGACCGAGAUUACUACAGUCGGUCUUAUCGACGUAGAUCUCCUUCACCUUACUACAGCCGUGGAGGAUACAGGUCUCGUUCUAGGUCUCGGUCAUACUCCCCACGUCAUUACUGAUAAGCAAGAUGUCCCAGUAGUUUGUCAUGUUUCAGGAAUUUUUUUCCGGAAGAGUGCUGCUUUUUUUCAAGUUGGAAGAUUUUUUCCUUGUACUUUUUUAAAAAAAAAAAAAUUUUGUUUUUGUUUUUUUUUUUUUUUUUUUGCAUCUUCAUUGUUAGGAGACAAUUAAAUUUAAAAUGCAGGGUUUUCGUCCUGGUGCAAAUUGUUUCUGUAGUUUUCCCUCAUAUUGUGAGUGUUCAGCCUAUCUUUGUGAAUUGUCACUUUUCACUUGGUUUCUUUUCCAUUGAUAUGGCUUAUUGUAAGCAGUACAGGGUGUCAUGUAUAUGCUUUUAAAUUUGUAGUAAGUGAGCAAUAAAAAUGCUUCUUUACA